AACCUACGACACAACGACACGACUACAUAAAUACGGCUAGUACAUACACAUACACCGCUCCGACUACGCCUCGUAUUUCCCAUAGUAUCGAAUAUUGCGCAUAAAAUUCGUCGAGUUAUCCAGAGCUGAGCUAGUCGCUCCUCUGUCAAGAUGAGGAUCGAGACGUGCUACUUCUGUAGCAGGCCCACCUAUCCGGGCAAAGGAAUCACCUUCUGCCGCAACGACGCGAAACAAUUCCGCUUCUGCCGGUCCAAGUGCCACAAGAACUUCGUCAUGAAGCGCAACCCGCGCAAGCUGGCGUGGACCAAGGCGUUCCGGCGCGCGGCCGGCAAGGAGAUGACGGUGGACGCGACGCUGCAGUUCGCGGCGCGGCGCAACGUCCCCGUGCGCUACGACCGCGACCUGGUGGCGCGGACGCUGCGGGCGAUGGAGCGCGUGGCCGAGGUGCGCGCCCGCCGCGAGCGGGCCUUCGCGCGCCGCCGCCUCGCCGGCCGCCGCGCCCAGCGCCUCGCCGAGGACCGCCGCCUCGUCCAGACCCACGCCCACCUGCUCCCGCGCCUGCGCGGCAGCGAGCGCCGCCGCCUCGCCCUCGAGCGCGGCGUCCGCCCCGAGGAGAUCGUCGACGAGGAGGAGGAGGAGCAGGUCGUCCGCCUGGAGGCCGCCGCCAAGGUGUUCGGAAAGGAGAAGGUCCGCAGGAAGGUCCGCGUCGACGGCGCCGUCGAGGAGGUCCCGGACGUCGCGGAGGCCGGCGGUAUGGAUGUCGAUUCCGAGUGAGCGGAGGCGCCGCGGCGGUGCUGGCCGUUGGCACGGCGAGGGUUUGUUUCAGCGAGAAGAAGGAAGAAAGGCGACAGAUUGGGGCAACACAUGAGAGGUGCUUUUUCUUCUUGCGCAUAUGUGAUUUUCCCUUCCCUUUUCUACGUAGCUACGUGCAUGUCCUGGCGUUGGGAACGGGGAGGAAAGGCCGGAAAAUUCUACUGGUUUAUUUUCCCCGAAUUCAAAAGUGUGAUCUGAUGGGACUCAUCGGACGAUUGACUCUCCUGGUCUAACCUGCUCUGGUCGGACUCCUCAGGGGGUAUGUGUAAGAUGUGAGACUUCGCCUACCCCCUUACUAC